AUGACUUCUCUUACUUCCCUCCUCAAGACAACCCACAAGGGAUCUUACCCGGCCAUCUCACCAUCCCGACCAGAGCUCUCCCAGGUCGGAAGAACGGUGCUCAUUACUGGUGGUAGUACCGGAGUAGGUUAUGCUAUCGCUCGAGGUUUUGCGCAAGCCUCCGCAAGCAGAAUUAUCAUAUCUGGUCGUCGUGAAGAAGUUCUAAAAGCCGCGGUCGGGAAGCUUGUUGACGAUUUCCCGAAAGUCCAAUUCGUCGGCAAGCAACUCGACGUAGCCGAUCUUCAAGGCACCGAUGAGUUAUGGGCUGAUCUCGGACGGCAAGGUAUCACCGUCGACGUUCUUGUGCUAAACGCCAGCAGCCCUUCGCAUCCCCAACCGAUCCUCGAGGCUGGCUUCGACAAGAUAUGGCAAGAUUUCAUUAUCAACGUAAGGACGCUGCUCGUGUUCGCCGAGAAGUUCUAUAAACAACCCUCGGAAGAGAAGUUCUUAGUUAACUUGUCAACGAUGGCUAUUCAGGACUGGAAUAACAUAGUCCCCGAGAUCCCGGGGUACGGCUUGACUAAGAGCGCAGGUACCCUAUUAAUCCAACAGAUCGCCAAGGACACUUCGCCAAAGGAUAUGCAGGUGCUCAGUUUUCACCCCGGGAGCAUCCUCACGGAAACCGUUCGGCGUGUCAUGGGUAAUAUAUCUGACAGCUUUGAUUUUGACGGUUAUGAUUUUGAUGACGAGGAUCUUUGCGGACACUUUGCGGUCUGGGCUGCCUCUCGCGAAGCCGAGUUCCUCCACGGCCGCUUUAUGUGGGCCGCGUGGGAUGUGGACGAAUUAAGGAAAGGAGAGAUUAGAAAGCUGAUCGAUGAGGAGACUUAUUAUCUGCAGAUAGGCGUCAAAGGUCUCACAUAA